AUGGCGGGCAGAGCUAGAAACUGUUAGAAAUUUCAUAAUGUGUGAUAAACUAAAAAUCAACCAAAAUUACGCUAAAAAUUAUGAUAAAUGGAGGUCUAAAGAGGAAUAUCAAAAAUCACGUUAUGGCGAAGAUGCUGUCGAAAACGAGUCCUCAUCAUCAGACGAGAGUGACGAAGAUUUAGCAGAGUACAUAACACCCGAAUUCGAAGAAAGAUGGCUCACAACGCUGGAAGCCCUGAAAAAGCAAGAUCCUAAAAUUUAUGACCCCAAUGUAAAAUUUUUCAAGGAAAUUGACAAAAUUGCAAAGAAUGACAGCGUGGAGCCAAGGAAUAAAGUGACUCUAAAGGAUUAUGAUCGUAAGGUUAUGCUAGAGAGAAAAGGAAAAUAUUCAGAUUCAGAAAGUGAUGGUGAAGAUGAACAGAAAAAGCCAACAUACGAUGACGAACAACGGCAUUUAAAAAAUUCAAUUAAAGAUGCCAUUGUGGAUGAAUCUUCAGAAGACGACGAGGAUUUUUUUAAAAGAAAAGAAAAAGCAUUCGAGGAUGGCAAAGAAAAUGAAAGUAGCGACAGUGAAGAUGAAGGUUUUUCCAGCUCCAAAAGACAAAGCUCAAUAAUUAUAGGAAAUGCUCCAGUCAAAUCUGAUGUUGAAAAUAAAGAAGAGUUUUUGAAACAAUAUUUACUCUCUGGAAAAUGGAGAGAAGUUGAUGAAAUCGAAGUUUCACAUUUUCCUGAUGAAGAUUUUUCAGAGGAGGAAGAGCAAUUAGAGAAAGAAGAAAAAUUUGAACGAAAAUAUAAUUUUCGUCAUGAAGAACCUAACGCAACAACAAUUACAUCUUUUCCACGUGAAGUAGAAGAUUCAUUAAGAGAAAAAAGUACUAAAAGGAAGGAGAAACGAUUAACUGUCAAAGAACGUCGCCUUGCGGAGAAAGAGAAGAAAAAGCAGGAACUGAAGCAACUUAGUAAAUUGAAGAAAAAGGACAUUGAAGAAAAGAUCCUCAAGCUAUCGCAUACGGCUGGAUUUGAAAAAGACAGCAAAACCUUUGAUGAAAAAGAUAUAGAAAGUGAUUUUGAUGAAGAAAAAUAUGAUAAAAAAAUGAAGGAGUUGUUUGAUGAUCAGUUUUAUAAAGUUGAUGAUGACGAAAAACCAGUGUUCGAUGAUAGCGAUAAAUGCAGUGAAGAUGAAGAUUGGAAUAAAUAUGUUGUUGAAACUGCUAAUAGAAAAGCUGAUGUUGAACAAGAAAAAACAAAGAAGUCAAGAAAGAAGAAAAAAAAGUUAAAGUUUCGUGAUGUUAUAGAGAAAACGAAACCACUAUUCGAUCCAAAUGACAAAACAUUUGAAGAAUACGCGAAGGAAUAUUAUUCACUCGAUUUUGAAGACGUUGUUGCAGAUAUACCAUGCAGAUUUAAAUAUCGGGAAACAGUACCUAAUGAUUUUGGUUUGUCACCAGAGGAAAUAUUGAAGGCAUCCGAUGUAGAACUUAACAAGUGGGUCAGUGUGAAGCGCAUGUCUCAGUACAGAACAGAGAGGGAUGAAAAGUAUGAUAUGAAGAAAUACUCCCGUAAAGCAGCAGAUUGGAAAAAGAAAUCCUCAGUCAUUCCAAGUUUGGUUAAAGAAGAGAAAGAUAAGAAUGAAAAAGAAGAGCAAAAAUUGUCAAAAAAUGUGAAAAGAAGAAUGAGAAAAAAGAAACAAGUUCGUAGCCUUCAUAAACCAUCACAAAUAGAAGAAAAUACGGCAGAUGAGGCCGAAAAAAUUAAAAAUUCCAAAAGCAAGGAAAGAGCUGAAACUAAGAAACUAAAUAUCAAGGCAAAAAAGAAGAGAGUGAUUGAGGAUCGUAAGAGAAAGGGUUUAAGCGAUGAUCGUUUGGCAGCCUAUGGGUUGGAUGUCAAAAAAAUGAAAUAUACAAAAUAAGGUCGCAAUUUAAAAAAUUUAAAGUCAAACUGUUCUUGACGAUGUUAAAUAAGUAGUCUUGUUCAAUUGAUGAAUGUUUAUCAAGAGUUUUACAUAUGUUGCGUUUUAGUAUAAGCGAAUACAAAUUCAAAAUAUUCAU